ACAGCGCGAGGUCCAGGUGGUCCAGGCUGCGUAAAAACGCACCAAACACACGCCAGGCUCUUACGAAACGACUCGUAAGCGUCAUCCGGCCAGUGGCACUUCUAUGAAUGAGCCGUUUUCGGGUGAGAAAGCUCUCGGGAUUUUGUUGCUGGAUAAAUAACGUUAAAGAGCAGAACGAGCGUCGGUGGUGCGCGCCUGCGAUCUCUCCAGAAAGCGGACAAAACGGCACCGGUCUACAGUUUUUUCUUUCUUUCCCAAUUUUCUCCCAAUCAAAGACGGCUUGUUUCAGCGGCAAGUGGAGAUAUGUUCAAGAAGACCAAGAGCAAAGUGCUGGUGGAUUAUGCGUCUGAGGAAGACGACAUGUCCUGGCACCACCAUCACUCCUACAAGGACAAAGACAUAGAAGGAGAGGAAGAGGAGGAGGAAGCUGUCACUGCAGUAUCCAAGGAGGCCAAAGUGAAGAAGAUCAUGUCCAAGAAGGAGAAGAGGGAGAAGAAGAUGUUCUCUUCUAAGGAUGACGAGCACUUCUUGUUGACCGGAGUGAAGCUGGCAGACCGCAGAGGGUCUCACAAGAAAAUUAAGGACGAAGAGAAGGAGAAGGAGAAGAAAGACAAACCGGAGAAGGGCCUCUGUUUCUGGGAGAGCGUCACUAUGACGAUGAGGCAAAUCUCACCGGCCAAAAAACUGGAGAAGAUGGAGGGCUGGGAGCCGCCGCACUUGGAGAACUUGACCGAGGCUUUGACUGAUGAAUCCUUGGAGGAGAAGAACGAGAGGGGGGACUUGGAAGUGUCCUUCCCCGACUCUUUAGGGGUCCCGUUGGAAUUAGCCUCGUGGGGGGGCCGGGGCCUGGAGGAGGACUCCUCCCGCUACGCUAACCUGUCGGACUCCAACGAUCCAACGGCUGCCGUCAGGUGGACGGCCCGCGCCAAAGUCAAGCUGGCCGGCAUCAGCAGGAUGAGCAGGGGGAUGUCAGACAGCGUAUGGGAGGGGUUUAAAUAGUAGCACUCGACUCCCCUCCCUCCUCAACCCUGUACUACGAGUAAAGAGAGUGACGAUGUGAACCAAAUAUCUGUUUGUUUCUGUAGUCUAGUCCCAGACAAGUGAGACCUUGAAUAUAACAUAUGAAGUUUGUCUCUUUUCAGCUUUGAAGACAAUAUAAGACUUUUUUUGGGGUGGGGGUGGGGUCACUUUUCAGUCACUGUAUAAACUAUAAAUAGCAACAAAUGAAAGCCUUAAACUGCUGUACCACUUUAACUGUGAUAUCCACUGGCCUCGGCAUUUAGACGUAUGACAUUGCCAAAAAAAAUGAGAAAAGUGAUUUUGAUGUGUUUCUACGUGUCUGUCAUUGAUAGGGAACCGAUGAAGAAUAUGCAAACCUGCUACUGAACACCCUCUUUAGUCUAUGCAGUCAUAACAUCUGUGAGAAGAAUGUAUGAAGCCUUAACUUCUAUGACAAUGAUGGGCUGUGCAAUCAUGAAACAGCUUAUAUAAGACCUUCGACAUCUGGAAUUCUAGUGCAUGUGUGUGUGUGUGUGUGUGUGUGUGUGUGUAUGUGUGUGUGUGUGGAAGAGAUUGACAGAGAAGUGAAAUGUGGAGUAGUGUGGCUGAUGCUGUGCCCUCGUCAUAUUAGAUUCAACAUGUAGUCCUGGAUAACCUGAAUUGCAACUGGGACCUCGGAGAGCUCCAAGAGGUCCAACUUCACAUUUAAUUUAAACACGGGAGUUCUUGAAAAUAUGACAAAUAUGGAUGAUUCACAUGAAUGAGUCACGUGAUUAAACACAAAUUGAACAACUGUGAAGAUUUGUAGUCAAUGCAUGGCGUUUUAAAUCAUGGGGAUCUCAUCACCAUUGAUGUCAAUGUAAAAUGAUACAUAAGCAAAAAGACAAAAAUCCAAGCAACUUGCUUAAAUGUGCUUAAAUACAUAUUAUACAUAUUAUAUGAUCCUGAAUAGUAAAAAAAAGCAGAAGCCUCUGUACUAAAUCUGAUUCUCUAUAAGGUAGUGUCUGCAUGUACCCAUGAAGUGCCUUCCUUGCGUCAAUAAAAAUGUGUUUGCUGUAAAUUUGAACUCAACCAAAUCACCCUGAUUACAAAUCUGCCGAGCUCAUCGCGCGAAUGUGCGGGACAGUCGACCCGACGCGCUUCCUGGUUUCCAGUUCCCGACCAGUGUUGUCUCAGGAUGAAGUCGGCCUCACCAGCAGUAGAAGAAGUCAGUUCUUUAAAGUUGUGUCUAUGUAUCUGUAUAGUUGAUAGAAACUGAGUCAGUAAUUUUAUUUCUACAGUGAUUCCUUUUCGGUGAAUGAGAAAUGUUUUUGUUUGUUUCCGCUUGUCUCCGCUUUUUAAUCUGUGUAAUGGAUUUGUUUGAUACUGAUCUGCUUCAUCACACCUUGAGGUGUACGCAGAUGCAUCUGUGCUGCCAGGGAGGUCUGUGUCCUGUGUUUAUACGCUCGCAGAAUAAAGAUCCUGCCUGACA